AUGGGUGUUGUGUUGUCAGCUGUAGAUGUAGAUACGAAUGCAAAGGUGGCGAUUAAAGCGCUGGAUUUUCCUCGCCUCUAUUACUUUGGAGUCCAUUCAGCGGAAUAUAAUAUUCUUGUCAUGGAGCUAUUGGGACCAACACUUGAUCAAUUGUUUUCAUAUUGGGGGAAGGGACCUGUUCAGUUUCCUUAUGUUACCUCCGUUGGAGUUCAGAUCAUCAAUCGAUUGGAGGCUCUUCAUAAACAAGGAUAUAUUCAUCGUGAUGUGAAACCAGACAAUUUUUUAAUCGGGUUGGAGUCAGAAACGACGAAACGCUACUGUGAUGCAAAGACGGGCGCGCACAUUCCAUACGCUGAAAAAAGAUCUCUUACAGGAACGGCGCGCUAUGCAUCUCUUAAUGCUCAUAAAGGAGUGGAGCCAUCACGUCGGGAUGAUUUAAUAUCUGCUGCUUACACACUCAUCUACUUCGCGUCUGGGUUACGAUUGCCAUGGCAAGGGCUCAAGGCAGCAACAAAAGAGGAAAAAUAUGCUGCAAUCACCAAAAAGAAGUCAUCCACUCCUAUUGAUACGCUUUGUUCGGGGCUUCCAGCUUUCAGUAACGCGAUAUCAGAAGUUCCUAUUCAGGGAGGAAGUGGAGUGUUAGCAGCGCCAAAAAGGUUCAUGUCCCGAGAUUGGGACACGACACUUAACAAGGAAUCAAGGCCAGUUCCCGCUCCAACAGGCGAAGACGCUAGGAGAUCUAGUUCUGAUGACUUACUGCUUUCAAUAGCGCUUGUAAUAGCUGCGUAUCAACAGAUUCAAUUGCUACUGGAUCAAACUUGUACUUGUUAA